AUGAAUGGCACAGGGACCCUUCCUUGUUUGAAGAAUGUCAAGACAAGGUGCAUAGAAGAAGAAGUGGAGGGGGCCCAACUCCAUAAUGUGAACCAGGAGAGUUGUUCGAGCUCUAUAUCACUUCUGAUCCGAACCUUGCCAGAGGAAUCAAGGCCUGGUUGGCCCCUCCUACAAAGAGCAAAAUCGUCAGCAGGAGGAGGAGCAUCAGCAGAAGCCAGGCAAAUGUCUGUAGUCCAGUGGGCAUUGCAAUUGCCAGACAGAUCAAGCCCCCAUUCCAGCCUUGGAUCAGAGGGAAAACUAAAACUGGGAGAUCACUUGAUGUUUAAUUUAAGAGAAGAAGAAAUCUCUGCCCUUAAGAGUGGGAACUUUAGGAAUGGAGAUGAAGAUACUAACAUCACAAAGGCAGCCAUGGAUUUGGAGUCUUUUCACAGGAGGAACCCCUCUGGCUGCAGAAGGUUCAGCUACAAGGAGCUCAAGUGCCUGUCUCCCAAGCUCUCUUCAGAGAAUUUAAUAGGAAAAGGAGGUAGCAACCAGGUUUACAAGGGUUAUCUUCCAAAUGGGCAGCCAUGUGCUGUGAAGAUUACGAGAUUCUCAGGUGAAACAUGGAGAGAUUUCAUCUCUGAAGUUGACAUCAUCACCUCUCUGCAGCAUAAGAACAUCAUCUCUCCUAUAGGAAUUGGUGUCCAUGAAAACAAGCUUGUAUUUGUGUCUGACUUCCUACCAAGAGGAAGCCUGGAAGAGAACCUCCAAGGUGAAAAGGGAAAGUUUGUUCUUGGAUGGGACAAGAGGUUCAAGGUGGCGGUGGGAGUUGCGGAGGCACUGAAUUACUUGCACAGCUGCUGCCUUCGACCAGUCAUACACAGGGAUGUCAAAUCUUCCAACAUUCUUCUCUCAAACAACUUUGAGCCACUGUUGUCUGAUUUCGGACUCGCGAUUUGGGGGCCGACAAACUCUCCUCAUGUCACGCACAGUGAUGUCAUGGGGACCUUCGGGUACCUUGCACCAGAGUAUUUCAUGUAUGGGAGAGUGAGUGACAAGAUUGAUGUUUAUGCUUUUGGGGUGGUUCUCCUUGAGCUGAUUUCGGGAAGGAAGCCAAUCAGCACCGACAGCCCGAGGGGCCAAGGGAGUCUUGUCAUUUGGGCAAAACCGAUCCUCGAGAGUGGGAAGUUGGCCCAUCUGGUUGAUUUGAACUUGACUGGAAAAUAUAAUGAGAAGCAACUUCAUAGGAUGGCACUUGCUGCGACACUUUGUAUAACGAGGACUGCAAGACUCCGGCCUCAAAUGAGUCUGAUCCUAAAACUACUGCAAGGAGAAGAUGAAGACGUGAUGAAUGAUUUCUGCCAUGCAGCAUCCGAGUGUAAGGAGUGCAAUGGCGUCGAAGAUGAAGAGGAUGAUCAUCAUCAAAAUCUUCAAGGUUUCAGCAUCCAGUCUUUGUUGAACCUUGCAUUGCUAGAUGUUGAUGAUGAUGAUACCACCUUGGAAAGUCGCACCGCCAAAAGUGCUCGUAAGUCCUUGGAUGAUUAUCUGAGGGGGCGGUGGAGCCGUUCAUCUAGUUUCAACUAAGACCAAAUACAGAGAAUGGUCCUUUUUUCUUCUCUUUGUACUCAUUAGCCUUCUUUCUUUUCUUUUUUGGAUAUGUUAGUGGGAGUCGAGAGUUGAGGCAUCCAUCCUCAUAACUACCAAUGUCCCAAACCCAUUCCCUUGGUUAGCCCUUUUAGACUCUCUCUCCCCGCUCUCUGUAAAUGAGUAUGUACAGUCAGUCAUACAGGAGGAUAUCAUU